UCCAAUCACACACACCGGAGGACAGAUCAUGCGAAGGGGGCGGAGCUUGCGUUCGGAUGCGUGCGGUGCUCGAUCGCCAGUGCAAACAACGCGCCGUGGGACCGAGCCUUCGCUACUUAAGGGUUAUUUAUUAGGGUGGGAUCGGCUCAGCAGCAUCCCUGAUGUGAGUACAGCGGGAUUCAACAUGGAUGCGCGGGCCACACCUGUGCGCCAGCUGCGUUACCUGCGGACCUGUUGGAGACACCCGGGCACAGACGCGCAGAUCAGGGCAUCCUGCAGCGCGGCGAUGGCGUUGUGACCACCGGCUUCGACAAAGACCUUAUGGGGCCCCUUGCGCAUCACCGCGCCCGCUGGAUUAUCAUAGUUCGGAUUCAGAGUGGGUUCCGUUCAGACCGGAUUUAGACCGAACCUCAGCGUGUGUGAGUGUGAUUUUGAGACAAAGACCCGACGCGCAAACCGACGCGCAAUGGAAGCGCUUCAGCUGGAUGGGCUCAACCCAUCACCGGCGGAGAACGGCAGUGUGUCGCAGUCUGAGCCGCACAAGCGGCUCUCGCAGGUGGACACCGUGGUUCUGCCGUUCCUCGGCGGGUUCGGGAGGUACCAGCGGCGCUUGGUGGCUCUAACGUGGAUCCCGGCGUUCCUUAUCUCGUUCAGCCAGUUCUCAGAUCACUUUCUGCUCGGUCAACCGGAGACAAAGUGCGUCCGAGUGGAUCAGAACAGCACGAACUCGGUUCGAGAGAUUUUCCAUCUGAUAUCGGCCGGUAACGACGCCGCCUCCGCCUCCGAGGGCAGCAACGUAUCGGCGUGCAUGUGCUCGGAGUGGCGGUUCGAGCUGCAGUCGGGACUGCAGCAGAAUGUAGUCACCAAGUGGACGCUGGUGUGUGACGGCGAGUGGAAGGUCCACAUCGCUAAGUUCUCUCUGCUGGUGGGCUCGAUCGUGGGGUACCUGCUGAUGGGAGCGAUGGCAGACUGGUUGGGCCGGAUCCCCGUGCUGCUGGUGUCUGUGCUCUCUGUGCUGGUGUUCGGCUUGGCCGUGGCCUUCUCUGUGGAUAUGGCCAUGUUCAGCACGCUGCGCUUCUUCGAAGGCUUCUGUCUGGCGGCGAUCAGACUCUCGCUUUACGUCCUGAGGAUCGAGCUGUGUUUGCCGGCGUGGCGUUUCUCCAUGACUCUGAUUGCCAGUCUGAUCAUCGUGAGCGGUCAGCUGCUGAUGCCCGGUCUGGCCGCGCUGUGCCGUGAUUGGCAGAUCCUGCAGAUCGUCAUCAUCGCCCCGUUUGUGCUCAUGCUGCCCUACGUCUGGAUGUUUCCGGAGUCUCUGCGCUGGUUGUUGGUCACUCAGCAUUAUCAAAGAGCCAAGCUACAGAUGUUCCGCAUCGCCCAUAGCAACAGGGUCGACACGGCAACCGACUCCAGCGGCAUCCUGUCAGAGCUGGAGACUGAACUGCAGCAGAAGCCGAAGACGUUCUGUGUGACGCAGCUGCGUGGAACCAGAAACCUGUGGAAGAACACCGUCGUCUUGUGCGUCAACUCGUUGACGGGUUAUGGCAUCCAUCACUGCUUUGCGCGCAGUGUUCUGGAGGGCAGCGCGUCUCAUCUGCACUAUUACGCGCUCGCGGCGAUCGCUGUGGCCUCCUGCUUGGUGCUGUUUCCGGUGGUGGCUGGCUUCGGCAGGAGAGGAGGACUGCUCACCUUCAUGAUCAUCACUGCUCUGGCCUCGCUGCUGCAGCUGGGAUUGCUCAACCUGAUCGGCAAGUACAGUCUGUGGCACGAUGCAGCUGAGCGGGACUCACUGAACCAGCGUUUCUCGUACGCCUUCUCCAUCAUCGGGAUGUUCUCGUCUCAUGCGGUCAGCACACUCAGCAUCUUCUACUGCGCUGAGAUCACGCCGACGGUCAUCAGGGGUGGAGGUGUGGGUCUGGUCCUAGCGAGCGCAGGUUUCGGUAUGCUAACAGCGCCACUGAUGGAGCUCCACAAUCAGAAAGGUUUCUUCCUGCAUCACGUGAUCCUCACCUGCUGCACUCUGCUCUGCAUCAUUUGCAUACCGUUGCUCCCGGAAACCGCCGGCCAACCGCUGCCUGAGACUAUUGCUGAGGGGGAGGGGCUUCUGCGGCGGCCCAUCCUCCCCGGAGAACAGCACCACCUACUGGCCAUGACCGAGGUCAGGGAGUAUUCACGUGUUCAGGACACGCCCCUUCACCAGAUCGUCAACCCCGGCAACGGCGCAGUGCCUAGCAACAGCACAGCCAAUGGUGUGAGGACUUCAUGACAACAUUUGCUAAAGAUGGCCAAACAAAGAGCGAUUGUUGAACGAGUUUCACUUAUUCUUUUUUGCUUUUUAACUGUGAAAUGCGACUGAUGUCGUGGUAAAGUGUCAAACGCCUCAUUAACCAGCAUUGGUGAAAAACUCCAACCUUUGUACAAACUGGAAAUGUAAUUUUAACUUGCGUUUAGUGAAAGGAACUAUUUUUCGAAUGGCCACUACCGAACAACCAUCUCACGGAGGAGUUUCACUGAUUUGAAUGUGUUCUUUUUUGUACAUUUGGUAAAUGUUUGGUAUUUAUUAUAAGGACAGAAUAAAACAGACAGUAAGAACCGGCGGACUUCGUUCAUGUAAGGGAGAUUGUUUCCACCACAGGAUAAAGAAAAUUAAAAAAAAGGUAUUAGUGACUUUGUCUCAGUCACAAUUUUUUUACUUUUUUUUUUUUCUUAGCAAUUCAAAAAAAAAAUGGCACUUCUAAGUAAAAAAACAAUUGUAGGAUAUAAACCGGAGAAAAUUUAGAAUCAUAAGAUAUGAACUCAGAAUCGCAAGAUAUAGAAUUUUGAGAAAAAAGUCAAAAUGGCACUAUAUAAACUGAGAAUUGCAAUAUUUAGCGCAGCAAUUCAGAGAAAAGUCAGAAUCUCAAGAUUUUAACUCAGAAUUGCAAGAUUUAAUGCCGCAAUCCUGGAAAAAGUCAGAAUCGUAAGAUUUCAUGCCAAAAUCCGAGAAAAAAGACAGAAUCGCAAUAUUUAAUGCCGCAAUCCUAGGAAAAGUCAGAAUCGCAACGUUUAAUGCCGCAAUCCUAGGAAAAGUCAGAAUCGCAACGUUUAAUGCCGCAAACUUCGGAAAAGUCAGAAUCGCAAUAUUUAAUGCCGCAGUCCUGGGAAAAGUCAGAAUCCCGAGAUUUAAUCUCGCAAUCCUGGGAAAAGUCAGAAUCGCAUUAUUUAAUGCCGCAAUCCUGGGAAAAGUCAGAAUCGCAACAUUAAAAGCCUCAAUCCUGGGAAAAGUCAGAAUCGCAACAUUAAAAGCCUCAAUCCUGGGAAAAGUCAGAAUCACAACAUUGAAAGCCUCAAUCCUGGGAAAAGUCAAAAUCGCAAGAUUUAAUGCUGCAAUCCUAGUAAAAGUCAGAAUUGUACGAUUUAAUGCCAUAAUCCGAGAAAAGUUAGAAUUGCAAGAUUUAAUGCUGCAAUCCUAGUAAAAGUCAGAAUCACAAAAUUUAAUGCCACAAUCCUGGGAAAAGUCAGAAUGGCAAGAUUUAAUGCCGCAAUCCUCGGAAAAGUCAGAAUUGUAAGAUUUAAUGACGCAAUCCUGGAAAAAAGUCAGAAUCGCAAAAUUUAAUGACACAAUUCUAGGAAAAGUCAGAAUCGCAAGAUUUAAUGCCGCAAUCCUUGGAAAAGUCAGAAUCGCAAGAUUAAAUGCCGCAAUCCUGGGAAAAGUCAGAAUUGCAAGAUUUAAACUCAGAAUCGCAAGAUUUAAUGCCGCAAUACUAGGAAAAGUCACAAUUGCAAGGUUAAAUGCCGCAAUCCUAGGAAAAGUGAGAAUCGUAAUAUUUAAGCCGCAAUCCUAGGAAAAGUCAGAGCCGCAAGAUUUAAUGCCGCAAUCUUGGAAAAAAAAGUCAGAAUCUCAAGAUUUAAACUCAGAAUCACAAGAUUUAAUUUGCAAUUCUGAGAAUAUGGAGUUAAAAAGUCGCAAUUACCUUUUUUUUGUGCCGUGGUGAAAAAAACAACAACAGAAUUAUGAGAAAAAGGUCAAAAUUAUGAAUUUAUAUCUCAGAAAGGAGACCAUCUCAUUUUUUAUUCCUCGCGAUUCUGUUAAAUAAAAGUCACAAUUACUUUUUGACAUUUGUUUGAUCCUGUGGCGGAAACAUCCCUCCAUAUUCAUGACACACAAGUGUACAAAAUAUGCGCACAAAUUUAGUAAACACUAAUUCUUCUCAUUCGUAGGAAUGGUUGUUAAGCGCAACAAAUGUGGUUUGCUCAUGUUUCAUGAAGGAAGUUCACUGUUCGUUUGCACCUCACUAUGUUCAGGUUUUUUUAGUCUGUCUGUUUUGCACUAAAACUAGAAAAGCAAUCACGAGCCGGCCAGAUGAAACUGAACUGAACGUGUGUAAAACCACGACUGGACAGAUGAUGGCUGUAAAAAAAAAAAAAAAAGUAAUUAAAAAAAAAAAACAGCACAACUUAAUGGUCUGCUCUUAACCCUUGUGCGUCAAAAAGAAUAAAACGAGGUUCUUUAAAGACAAAAAAAAAAAACCUAAAUAUUAUAUAUUGACAUAGACCUUGUUCUGAUCAAAAUAACCAAAACUUAAGUAAUUUCCAUGAUUUUAAUCCUUUAAAUGCUAGUGUAUUUAUUUUUUUUAGUCUUGGAUAUGUCAGUGAUUAGCAAAAACAUUAUGGUGAUGCAUUAGUUUUGCAGUGUCAAAAAUUUUAAUUAAAAUCAGUUUCUUUUUUUAUUAGGCAGAAGCAGAAAAAUCAGGUGGAAAAUUUUAAAAAUGAAAAAAAGAAA